GGCUCCGGGAUGAGCCCCUGGCAGCACUGCCCGCCCAACGCCAGCGCGGCCGGCGGGCCGGGCCCGCGGGGGAACGGCACGGGCCGGGCGGCCGAGCGCGGCAGCGCCGUGUCCGUGGCCAUCCCGCUGACCAUGAUGCUGACGGGCAUCGUGGGCAAUGCCCUGGCCAUGCUGCUCGUGUCCCGCAGCUACCGCGCCAAGGGCAGCCGCAGGAAGCGCUCGUUCCUGCUGUGCAUCGGCUCCCUGGCGCUCACCGACAUGCUGGGCCAGCUGCUCACCAGCCCCAUCGUCAUCUCCGUGUACCUGUCGGGCCGGCCCUGGGCGGCCAUGGACCCCUCGGGCCGCCUCUGCGACUUCUUCGGCUUCAGCAUGACGGUGUUCGGGCUGUGCCCGCUGCUGAUCGCCAGCGCCAUGGCCGUGGAGCGGGCGCUGGCCAUCCGCGCCCCGCACUGGUACGCGAGCCACAUGAGCCCGCGGGCCACCGAGCGCGGCCUGGCCGCCAUCUGGGCCGCCGGCGUGGCCUUCGCGCUGCUGCCGCUGGCCGGGCUGGGCCGCUACGCGCUGCAGUGGCCCGGCACCUGGUGCUUCAUCAGCGCGGCCGGCGGCAGCGCCUUCGCCGCCGCCUUCGCCGCGCUGGGGCUGCUGUCCCUCGUGGUCACCGGCGCCUGCAACCUGGCCACCAUCGAGGCGCUGGUGUCCCGCUGCCGCGCCAAGGCCGGCGCGGCGCAGCCCGGCUCGCGGUGGGGCCGCAUCGCCACCGAGACGCUGCUGCAGCUGCUGGGCAUCAUGUGCGUGCUGUCGGCCUGCUGGGCACCGCUGCUGGUGACCAUGCUGAGGAUGGUGUCGGAGCCCGCGGGCGGGCCGUGCCGCGGCGGCUCGCAGCGCUGGGAGCUGCGCAGGGAGUGCAACCUGCCGCUGACGGCCGUGCGCCUGGCCUCCCUCAACCAGAUCCUGGACCCCUGGGUGUACCUGCUGCUGCGCCGCAUCCUGCUGCGCAAGUUCUGCCAGGCCGCCAGCGCCGUGUCCCACUGCCCCAACGCCAGGGACAGGGCCCUCACCCUGUCCGAGGAGAUCCGCCGCACCGCCGCCUGAGGGGACAUCCCACAAUGGCCUGAGGGGACAUCCACCACAGCCUGAGGGGACAUCCGCAAUGGCCUGAGGGGACAUCCACCAUGGCCUGAGGGGACAUCCGCAAUGGCCUGAGGGGACAUCCACUGCGGCCUGAGGGGACAUCCACCACAGCCUGAGGGGACAUCCACCUCAGGGGACAUCCACAAUGGCCUGAGGGGACAUCCACAAUGGCCUGAGGGGACAUCCACCAUGGCCUGAGGGGACAUCCAUGGUGGCCUGAGGGGACAUCCACAAUGGCCUGAGGGGACAUCCACCUGAGGGGACAUCCACAAUGGCCUGAGGGGACAUCCACCUCAGGGGACAUCCACAAUGGCCUGAGGGGACAUCCGCAAUGGCCUGAGGGGACAUCCCACAGUGUCCUGAGGGGUCAUCCACCAUGGCCUGAGGGGACAUCCACUGCGGCUGAGGGGACAUCCACAAUGGCCUGAGGGGACAUCCGCAAUGGCCUGAGGGGACAUCCACCACGGCCUGAGGGGACAUCCAUGGUGGCCUGAGGGGACAUCCACCAUGGCCUGAGGGGACAUCCACAAUGGCCUGAGGGGACAUCCACCGCGGCCUGAGGGGUCAUCCAGAAUGGCCUGAGGGGACAUCCACAAUGGCCUGAGGGGACAUCCCACAGCCACCUGAGGGGACAUCCACCAUGGCCUGAGGGGACAUCCACCUCAGGGGACAUCCACAAUGGCCUGAGGGGACAUCCACAACAGCCUGAGGGGACAUCCACCAUGGCCUGAGGGGACAUCCACCGUGGCCUGAGGGGACAUCCACAACAGCCUGAGGGGACAUCCACCAUGGCCUGAGGGGACAUCCACAAUGGCCUGAGGGGACAUCCACCGCGGCCUGAGGGGUCAUCCAGAAUGGCCUGAGGGGACAUCCACAAUGGCCUGAGGGGACAUCCCACAGCCACCUGAGGGGACAUCCACCAUGGCCUGAGGGGACAUCCACCUCAGGGGACAUCCACCAUGGCCUGAGGGGACAUCCACAACAGCCUGAGGGGACAUCCACCACGGCCUGAGGGGACGUCCACUGCGGCUGAGGGGGCAUCCACCGCGGCUGAGGGGACAUCCACAAUGGCCUGAGGGGACAUCCCACAGCUCUGGGAGCUGAGGCCACCUGGAAGCCCUCCUGGCAAUCGGCUCCGUGCUGGCACCCCCUCACGGUGUCACUGCUUGGACCCAGAGUGCCACAUUCUUCCUGCAGGGUGCCAGAAGCGCUGGGAUACAGCAGGACAGGACUCUCCAUGGUCACUGGUGGCUGAGCUGGGAUGAGGGCAUUCCAUGGCCCCUGCAGAACGGGAUGAGGACACUCCAUGGUCACUGCCACUCAUGGCCGAGCUGCAGAACAGGAUUAGGACAUCCCAUGGCCCCUGCAAAACGGGAUGAGGACAUCCCAUGGUCACUGCCACUCGUGGCCGAGCUGCAGAACAGGAUUAGGACAUCCCAUGGUCACUCCCACUCAUGGCUGAGAUGAGCAGUGGGAGGUUUUGUGGGCCUAAAGUAGAGCCUGAGGGGGCCUCUCUUGCUUUAAGGUGGAAAAAAAAUUACUUUCCCGAGAGGAAACAGAUUCUAGAGAUGGGAUUACUGAAGGGACUCACUCCUGAGAAUGUUUAAUACUAACUUUAUCUCCUUCAGAGAGUCCUUCCUCCUUUUUUCUGGAGGGGCAAGGGGAGACAGGGAGAGAAACCACAGGAAUAAGGAAAAAAAAAAAAAGAAAUUUGAUUGGAUUUCAGUGUCUUAAAACUGAGCAGGGGUUGUGGCAGUGAUAGAACACCCAUCCCUUCCAAGAACUGAAGGCAGCACGAGUGUCCUGAGUCACAGAUGUGUGCUGAUAAACACUCGUCCGCGUGGCAGAAGGGAGAUUGAGGAGGAUUAGCAGUUCCAAUCCAUUUGUGCCACAUCUGGGGCUUGUUUUUUAAAAAGAUGUGUCUUAACGCAUUUUCUUCACCCUUUUGGAGCUGACAGCCUCUCAUGUCUCCUGUUUUGUGGCCUUCUGGGUGAAGUUAAAUGCAAAUACAAUAAAAUAUACUUGAUAUUCCAUGUGCCAGGUACUGUGGAAUUCAGGGGUCUUACAGGCAAAUGAAGUCCUGCAUCUGUGAGGAAUUUCUUGCACAAAACCUUUAGUUUUGCUCUAUUUAAUUUGUUUAUAAAAGUAACUCCUCAGCAAAGAAUCUGUGCCUUCA